AUGGGUACUCUUCUUGGUCAUGUUGUGCCCGGUACAUUUUUUAUACUUUUUCCUAUAUGGUGGGGCUAUUGUCUUGCAAUUAAACAUUACCAUAUCAGAUACCGAAGACGAGGUCAGCAUCAAAAGCCUCCUCUUUAUCAAUCGUCGACAACAUUCUCAUGUAUAUGCUGUUCCUCGGGACGAAAUCGACCGAUUGAAUCUCAAAUCAAGAUUUUCUGUUCCGUCGUUGGAAUACUAGGCGAAUUCAUUACCGGUUUUGGAUACAUCGAUGACACAACGUCGAAGAAGAAGAUUUUAAUUUUUGGUGAAAAUAAUGUUCAACAUAUCACAAUGUUUCUGGGAUUCGCUUUAGCUUCAUUAUUGGAAGUACUUGUGCAUCGAAAGUAUCCCCUUCCAGAUGGCAUUGAAUUUCUCGGCAAUAUCUUUGCAUACGGUCUCGAAGCAUUUCUAUUUCAUUUUCAUCUACAUGGACGUGAUGCAGUCGAUAUACAUGUUCAUACACUCUUACUUUAUUCCAUUUUACUCUGCACGGCCGCUGCAAUUUGGGAAUACAAUCGGCCGCAUCAGAUUUUAGCAACUUACGGAAGAAUUGCAGGAACAUUCCUGCAAGGUGCUUGAUUAGCUUCUAAUUUUCGAUGGUUCUGUACCAAAUCCUUCCAUAGAUGUGUUUCGCUACUUUACAUUACUCUUUUCUACAAUGUCACAGCUCAUCAAAUGUUCCUGAAAAAAUUUCAAUUAGAGAAAACAACUAAAACAAUACCACUGUUGUUGAAACGUACUUAUAAUAUGAAAAAAUUAGAUCUGCAAGCAAUCAAAAAUCCUCAAGUACAAACUGUUCGUGAAAAAGAACUGCACAGGAGGCAACAGCAAGGAAUAUUAGAACGUUUAGUUAAAAAACGAACGGGUGAUUAUAAUGAGUAUUUCUCACAAUCGUCGGAUUCAUCGGUACUCAAACAACGACAACAUAGAUCGUACGAUCAUAUUGGACAAAAGCGCGCGAUACAUUUGAGUAAAAUUCUACGUGCGUUUGUUGCCGAUCGUAUUGGUUCGGGUGAAAUCGGUGAUAUCUUAUCGGGAAAAAACUUUCAAUUAACCAAUAUCGUUGUUCCUGUGGAUUUGAAUCGUAUAGAAAUUCUAUGGUGGUCGCCAGAACAAGAAGUCAAUCUGAUCGAAGAUCUUCUGAAAACCGCUGGUGAAGAAUUAAAGACAGCUAUUCGACAUGCUCAGUUACUACCAAAUCUACCACCGGUGAUUUUCAAACGAGAUAAUACACCGACUCAACGUGAAAAAAUCAACAAUUUGCUCGAUGUCGCAGACACUGGACGAUCUGAAGCGUUAACUCCGACAACAACACAGCGUCAAGACUUAUAUGAUAGUGAUCGCACUACGAUUCUUCGAAAGCUAUCAGUAGACGAGAGCAAGUCAAGCAAUAGCGACGAUCUAUUGAAUGUUGACCAAUUGCAAAGACGUAUGAAAGCGUUUGCAUUGACGAAACGCAUGAAGCGUGUUCGUGAACAACGAAGUGCAACCUAUGGAAUCAUGGCGAUUGAGAAAGAACGACAAAAUCGCGAACAUUUUGCAUUGAAUGUUACUGAAGAUGAUGAAUUCGAACAGAUAGAAAACAAAAAUAAAAAAUAA